UUUUUGCCCUACUCGAUCAAGCCAUCCUUCGCUCACGGUUGCUGCAAUGAUGAUUCCGUGAAGACACGGUUUUGAUUUAGCAGGUUGGAGAACUUCUGCAAUGGAGGAUAGGGCUGUAGCAAAAGAGCUUGACUCAUGGAUAGAACAGUUGAACGACUGUAAACAGCUGCAGGAGAGUCAGGUGAAAACUCUUUGCGAAAAGGCCAAGGAAAUUUUACAGAAGGAGAGCAAUGUCCAAGAAGUUCGUUGCCCGGUCACGGUAUGUGGCGAUGUUCACGGACAGUUCCAUGAUUUGAUGGAGCUGUUUCGCAUUGGAGGUAACUCCCCGGAUACGAACUAUCUGUUCAUGGGUGAUUAUGUGGAUCGAGGCUACUAUUCCGUGGAGACAGUGACUCUGCUGGUCACUUUGAAGGUCCGGUAUCCAGGCAGAAUAACUAUCCUUCGGGGUAACCAUGAGAGUCGACAGAUCACACAGGUGUACGGCUUCUAUGACGAGUGCCUGCGCAAGUACGGCAACGCCAACGUGUGGAAAUAUUUCACCGAUCUCUUUGACUUUCUACCUUUGACCGCAUUAGUGGAUGGACAGAUCUUCUGCUUGCACGGUGGAUUGUCACCUUCUAUUGACACGUUAGAUCAUAUUCGUGCACUCGACCGGUCCCAGGAGGUUCCUCAUGAAGGUCCGAUGUGUGAUCUCCUAUGGUCAGAUCCGGAUGAUCGAGGCGGCUGGGGCAUUUCUCCACGUGGUGCUGGCUUCACAUUCGGCCAGGACAUUGCAGAAACGUUUAACCACAACAAUGGCCUGACGUUGAUCUCCCGUGCUCACCAGCUUGUAAUGGAGGGUUACAACUGGUGUCACGAACGUAACGUAGUCACAAUUUUCAGCGCGCCCAACUAUUGCUACCGGUGUGGUAAUCAAGCAGCAAUCAUGGAGCUUGAUGAUGGUCUUAAAUAUUCCUUCCUGCAGUUUGACCCAGCACCGCGACGAGGAGAACCGCACGUCACGCGGCGAACACCAGACUAUUUCCUGUAGAAGUUUAUCAUCUCUUUAUGCUUUUUCUCCUUCAUUGUCACCGCUACUCAGACUACUGCUAAGUGUCACUCCCUGUUUUGUCAUAUAGACAUCAUCACUCUCCUCCUGCGUCGUCUCCAAUUUCUACUCUUUGCUGUGCUGUCUACGUUUUUUCUUCUUAUUUUUUACUGCAAAAUUACUGCAGAGUAUUCAUGACGUAAAUAAGUGCUGAAAGCACACCAUGUGUGAAAAAUCUGGAAAACUCUA